UCCAACCCAUUAAUUAAAAUCCCAAAUUCACUUCAGAAAUCCAUAAACUGCUGAGAGAGGGAGCGCUUUGGUGUUGAGUGUGGCAAUGGCGGAUAGGGUUUCAAUUUGCUUCCUCUCCUUGUUCCUUCUCUCUCUACUCGCAUUGCUUCCCACUCAAAUCUCUGCACAAGAGUCAGAAGCCAAUGAGUUCGUGCUCACAUUGGAUCACUCCAACUUCUCCGACACCGUCACCAAGCACAAUUUCAUUGUCGUCGAGUUCUACGCACCUUGGUGUGGCCACUGUAACAAGCUUGCUCCAGAGUAUGAGAAAGCUGCUUCUAUCUUGAGUAGUCAUGAUCCUCUGAUACUUUUGGCUAAGAUUGAUGCCAAUGAUGAAAAGAACAGAGAACUUGCAAAUGAAUUUGAUGUUAAGGGGUUUCCAACAAUUAAGAUUCUGAGAAAUGGGGGUAAGGUCAUCCAAGAUUACAAAGGUCCCCGUGAAGCAGAUGGUAUUGUUGACUAUUUGAAGAAGCAAAGUGGUCCUGCGUCAAUUGAAAUUAAAUCUGCUGAUGAUGCUAGUGCCUUUGUUGGCAAAAAUAAAGUUGCUAUUGUUGGGGUUUUCCCAAAAUUUUCUGGGGAGGAGUUUGAGAACUUUAAUGCAUUGGCAGAGAAAUUGCGUUCUGAAUAUGAUUUUGGUCACACCUUGGAUGCCAAACACCUUCCACGGGGAGAAUCAUCAGUGACUGGGCCCCUAGUCAGAUUAUUCAAGCCAUUUGAUGAACUUUUUGUUGACUUCCUGGAUUUCCAUGUGGAAGCUUUAGAGAAAUUUGUUGAAGAAACUAGUGUCCCCGUUGUGACUGUCUUUAACAAUGACCCAAGCAAUCAUCCUUUUGUUAUCAAAUUCUUUAACAAUCCCCAUGCAAAGGCAAUGUUGUUCGUCAACUUCACUGCUGAGACUGCUGAUUCUAUCAAAUCAAAAUACCGUGAAACUGCUGAGCAAUAUAGACAAGAGGGCAUAAGCUUUCUAGUGGGAGAUAUUGAGGCUAGUCAAGGUGCAUUCCAGUAUUUUGGCCUUAAGGAAGACCAAGUGCCUGUAAUUAUCAUUCAACAUAAUGAUGGGAAGAAAUUUUUGAAACCUAAUUUGGAACCUGAUCACAUUUCAACUUGGUUGAAGGCAUACAAGGAUGGAAAUAUUGAACCAUAUAAGAAGUCUGAACCAAUUCCUGAAGUUAACAACGAACCUGUUAAAGUGGUAGUUGCUGACAGUCUUCGGGAUAUAGUUUUCAACUCAGGGAAAAAUGUCUUGCUGGAGUUUUAUGCUCCUUGGUGUGGUCAUUGCAAAAAGUUGGCGCCAAUAUUGGAGGAGGUUGCUGUUUCAUAUCAAAGUAAUCCUGAUGUUGUUAUUGCAAAACUGGAUGCAACUGCCAAUGAUAUCCCUAGUGAAAUCUUUGAUGUACAAGGUUAUCCAACUGUGUACUUUAGGUCAGCAAGUGGAAAGAUAUCACAGUAUGAUGGAAACAGGACGAAGGAUGACAUCAUAGAUUUCAUUGAAAAGAACAGAGAUAAACCGGAUCAGCAAGAACAAGUAAAAGAUGAGCUUUGAAAAGGUAUGUGGCUGUUCCUCUCUGAGGAUAUAGACACAAUAAGUUAUAUUUAGGAUCUACAUGUCUUUGUAGCUUAAAAUUUAGUAUCUUAGUGAGCUUCUUUGCCCAUUGUUUGCCCUUUCAGUUUUGUCUUCAUUUAUACGUUUUUCUGAAUAAAAUGGGAUUUUUUCCCCUUGUAGUAUAGUUUAAUACUAAAAAAUUGUUGCUGUAAAAAUACUUCGAUCCGUUUUAAAUCAGUAUAUGCGUUUAGAUCA